AAGAAGGAGUUAUUUAUUCUCGCACUCAUCGUCCUCCUCUCUCGGGAAGAUGCCGCGGCUGAAGCGAUGCUGCAUGCAGGUACUCUUACUUGCAUCUAAGGACUUCGACACCUUUGCAAGUCAGACCGCCCUGGUGGCUGCGCUCCUAACGGUGACACCACAACAGGCGGGGUUUGGUCAGAUUUCAAUUCUGAAUUUUCUUCUUUCUGUGCAAGUAACAAGAUGCGCUGCCCGUCUUAGCCAUUCAUCCAAGAGAAGAAUGCGGAUAAUGAAACCUACAAGUCUUGCCAUUGGGGUCCUGGUCAUCGUUACCCUUGCUCACACCGGAGUGUCCAACUUUCCUGAAAGGAAGCCUUAUUUGUCGGACCACCAAGAUGCUUGGAGGGCUAUGCUACAAGAUCGUCCCUUCGUAUUGUACCAGCGGUCAUUCGAACACGAUGCUGGAUUUUCCGGAGACCAGAAGUGUAUCCAAGGCAUUGUGCUUGAGUUCUACCCUGAAGAAAAAUAUGCCGUGGGCGUUUUACAUUGGCUUCUGUCUGAGUACCACAAAGUCAAUGCAACCGCCUACCUUUUUUCGGAAACGACCGAAGGCUACAGAAUUCCUAACGCGUAUGCGCUGUCCCCAAACAGUGGAAUGGCAAGCGCACUGAAACAUGGCACCGCACUUUUAACUGCUAUCGUAGACUGCUUCUACAGCACAGCUGGUUCAAUGAAGACACUUAAUACGCAAUAUACGUUCGUGGCGAGCGAAUACGACAACUGUGACAUACUGAGAGUUCGCCAUCAAAACAAUGUUUUUCAUGCAGGUUGUGAAUUGUGGUCCCUAAUGGAAAAGGUCAACAAAAUUAGCAGCCUGUGCCACUUCAUCUAUGACCUGCUGUGUGGCCCUGAAAAGUAUAUGAUCUACGAUCGAGAAACUUGCGGGAAUGUCCCAUUGUAGAUUCAAUAAAACAUUACAAUAUUGUUACGGCGAGACAACAAAAGACUGGUGUAUUUACAGUAUUUGCACAAACAAAGUAAUUUUGGCAGCAAUAGCCAAGAUGGCACAAGCAAGAAACAACCCAUCCUUCUCUCUUUCGUCCUUUGGUCAGUGGCACAGAACAUUUUAGAAAUAGGCUGAGAAAGUGCGAAAGACAACUGAAGAAAAAAAGGUGUCUUGACCGAUAGAGUGGAGCGAAAACAGAUGUUUAAUACAUCAAAUAAAUAAUAAAAUUGUC